AUGCCUUCUUCUUCCCAGGUUGACAAUGUGACCUUGGCUCGCCGUGGUGAGCAGGUCGACGGCACCCUUCAUCUCACCCCACAUCACCUCAUCUUUUCCCACGUACCCCCGGUUUCCAGCGAGGAUCAAGCCAAGGGCGUGGCAAUCAGACCGAAGGAGCUUUGGAUUACCUACCCCAUCAUCUCAUUUUGUACUCUGCGACCGGCUCCCGCGGCCUCCCGCCAGCUCUCCUCCAUUCGCCUGCGAUGUCGAGACUUUUCAUUUGUCUGUUUCUACUUCACCAGCGAGAACAAGGCCCGGGAGGUUUUUGAUAGUAUCAAGCAGUGGACCUGCAAAUCUGGUCGCCUUGACAAACUAUACGCCUUCUCCUACCAACCGCCCCCUCCGGAGAAGGAACUCAACGGGUGGGAUUUGUAUGAGCCGCGCAAGGAGUGGGAACGUCAAGGAAUCCACAAGGAAAACUCCGGAUGGCGCCUAUCUGAAGUCAAUACAAACUAUGAGGUACGUGUUCUCCCCAACGUACCCAGCACUGAUCCCCGUGCCUCGGCCAUUUCCGACAACACCAUCAACUAUGCAGGACGCUAUCGCUCAAGGGCACGAAUUCCAGCCUUGACCUACCUACACCCCGUCAAUAAUUGUAGCAUCACCCGAAGCUCGCAACCCUUGGUUGGUGUCCGUCAGAACCGCAGUAUUCAAGAUGAAAAGUUACUGGCUGCCAUUUUCUCGACUUCUCGUUCGGAGCGCCCGUUGGCUGGCUUCGCUCAGGCUAGCAUAGAGAGGGAGGCAUCUGACUCCAGCCAGGAAAGCACGGAGACUUCACAAAGUGACCCAGACAUGUCCAAUGCCGAGGAAAUAGAAGAUGAUAUGCUAGCUGCUUCCCGGGGAGACCCCGAAGACCAGCGUGCGAUAUACGGCGCUCAACAGUCGAACCUCAUUGUGGAUGCGCGUCCGACGGUUAAUGCAUUUGCUAUGCAAGCGGUUGGACUUGGCUCGGAGAACAUGGACAACUACAAGUUUGCUACGAAGGCAUACCUGGGAAUCGACAACAUCCACGUUAUGCGCGAUUCCUUGAAUAAAGUCAUCGAUGCACUGAAAGAGACGGAUGUCACUCCCCUGGGACCGAAUCGGGAUUUGUUAGCACGAAGUGGGUGGUUGAAACACAUCGCCGGGAUUUUGGAUGGAGCUGGGUUGAUUACCCGGCAGGUCGGCCUGACGCAUUCCCACGUUCUCAUUCACUGCUCUGAUGGCUGGGACCGGACCAGCCAGCUCAGUGCCUUGAGUCAAAUCUGCCUGGACCCGUACUUUCGCACCAUGGAGGGUUUCAUGGUUCUCGUGGAGAAAGAUUGGCUGUCGUUUGGCCACAUGUUCCGACAUCGAUCUGGCCAUUUGAAUAGUGAGAAAUGGUUCCAGAUCGAGAACGAACGUAUCGGGGGAGAUGCCAAUCGUGGAUUUGGAGAAAGUGGUGGCGCAGGAAAGGCAAUCGAGAAUGCGUUCCUCAGUGCCAAAGGCUUCUUUGGUCGGGAUAACAAUAGCCGUGACUCCUUACCAGACUCGGAGGGAGAGCUCCAGAGCUAUGACUCCGACAGCCCUGCUGCCAAGAAGCCCAGCUCGUCUCCUCGAUCUGCAGUUUCCGAAAAGGAGGUCACAAAGGUGAAGGAGACGAGCCCUGUAUUCCACCAAUUCCUGGAUGCCACCUACCAGCUUCUGUACCAGUAUCCAACCCGCUUCGAGUUCAAUGAGCGCUUCCUCCGACGCCUUCUCUACCAUCUCUAUGCGUGCCAGUUUGGAACAUUCCUCUUCAACAAUGAGAAAGAACGGGUAGAUACCCAGGCCCGAGAGCGAACUCGGAGUGUAUGGGAUUAUUUCCUUGCCCGGCGGGAGCAGUUUACUAACCCGCAAUACGACCCCGAGGUGGACGAUCAUAAGCGGGGGAAGGAGCGGUUGAUCUUCCCCCCGAGCCGGCGAGACUCGAUGGUGGAAUGA